AGCGACAACCCUGCCGUCAGCUGUUUGGUUAUGUGAAUUGAGUUUUUUCUUUGACAAUUGGUCAAUUUUGAUAAACAAUGCUACAAAUAACGAGGCUCUGCCUGGCUGCCUCCGCCACAGUUGCAGCUCAGCGAGGUAUUGCUCUAACGGCCGCCCGCUCCAUUGACCAAAAGUGGCGUGCAGCCAAGGGAUUGCCGGAAAACCCAAAUGCCUUUGGCCCACUUACCAAUUUGCCUGACUUCACAUACCUAGAUGGUAGACCUACGCCCCUGGGAGCCAACCAGAAGAGACGUCUGCUGAAGCAGCAGAGUAUCGCCGCCAGGAUCGUGGAGCUAAGUGGGGAGCUCGAGUUUGCCAAGCAGCGACAUGAACGCCUGAAGGAGACCGCCGAAUCCGAGAAGCAGCGCCUCAUCCAAAACAAACUGAAGCCCAAGGGCCACCUGUUGCUCAAACAGAAGAAGUAGCCUCCUAAUCUUAGCCUGUAUAAGUUAUCAUAAGUCGCUUAGUGAAUGGAGUCGAAAUUAUACGAUGGUCUUGUGAUGUGGACACAUGUUUGCCCAAAA